AUGAACAACUGUUCAACCAACUAUUCUGCACGAUUAAGGAGUCGAACGAAACAACCUGUAUAUACAUCGGAUAAGAGAGCGAAAUUCACCCAGAGAGAAAACAAAAAAUGGAUACGUUUCGUAACAGUGCUCGGUUAUAUUUUCUUCGUUUCUCUACCUGCUGUAUCUUUGAGCAUUUAUUAUAUUUAUAUCUGGGAUCCAGGAUACAUCAACAAAUUUCCACCUGAGGCGUUCAACAGCUCAUCUCCAAUACAUAUAGCUCCAAUUCUCUCUUCUCGCUUGGAACGCGACUAUCCACUUCCUUUAACAACUUCUAGUGGGGAAGCUAAUGUCAAUGAUGAUGUGGUACAACAGUUAUGUCCUAAUUGCAAACACCAAGCUGUAGAUCUUGCAACCAUUUUGGCGGAAGGCACGAAAUCCAUGGAAACCUCUGUUGAAUCGCCAAAUGUCCUUCAUCCUGCAGAAGCUGAUCUUCGCAUAAGCACUUGA